AUGCACCGAAUAACGCUCAAAGGUCUAACACAGCGCGUGAUUGCGAGGAAUGUCGAGGGCAGUGAGGUCGCUUCGAAGCAGCCUGAUUCGAGAAGGCACUUUCGAAGCUGGUUCGGAAAGCAACUGCGAGAGUUAUGCAGGAACACGGCCCUCCACGGGUACAGCCAGAUCGUGCGUGAGGGUUACAACGUGACGGAACGUACCGUCUGGUUGCUGGCCGUUUUAUCUUCGACCAUCGUCGCCAUCACGCUGCUUGCGAUCUCGUGGUCCUGGAGCGUGGAAACUCCAACCGUUACGGUGACGGAAUCGACGAAUUACCCAAGCUGGAAUCUCCCCUUUCCGGCCGUUACUGUAUGCAAUAUGAACAAAAUCUCCGCUUCGGCUGCGCUCAACCGUGCCCAGACGAUGCGACGCCCUGCAAACGUGUCAGCAGCACAGCUGUCGGACCUGUUUCGAUUGUUCCUGCACGUGACCGGACUCGGGCAGACCGAUCCCGACCGGUAUCGGAUGCUGCACGACACCAUGCUCGAGAACAAUCUGGAAAUACCACAGCUGAUGGGUGAAUUUGCGCCACCCUGUGGGACUCUACUCGAGCGGUGUCUCUGGAAAGGCACCCAGUGGAGGUGUGACAACCUGUUCCAGGUGGUCAACACCACCGAGGGGUUGUGCUGUUCGUUCAACUACUACGGGCUGCUGAAGGAUAACUACCCGAAAAAGAUCACGGUCAGUGUACCCCGCGAACCAAGGCGUGUUAUGGCGAGUGGCUUUCAGACGGGCCUCUCGAUACUACUGCAACCAUCGGUGGAGGACUAUCACUCGACGGAUGUGGCCGCGUACGGGUUUAAGCUGUUGAUCCACGGUUCGUACGACUACCCGGAUAACGAUGCCGAGAUCAAGCUCAUCCUAGCGGGCACGGAGUCCUUUGUGACGCUUAAACCAACGGCGACUUAUGCCACUCGAGAUGCUCUCGGUGUUGAACCGACCGUUCGGAACUGUUUCGAUAGGAGUGAGCGUGUUCUGACGGUGUUACAGCGUUACUCGUACGUCAAUUGUAUGGUUGAGUGCCGAGCGGCGACUAUCCACGCCCGGUGUGGUUGUGUACCGUAUCAUCUGCCCAACAACGGAUCCCUGCGAAAUUGUGAGGUUCGGGAUAUGGAGUGUUUGAUGCGUUUACGAGACCUCUACCAGGCGGCUGUACCGACUGUAAACGCCUCCGUGGAACGGUUGUCUGAGCGUCGGAUCGUACCUCCUUGUGGGUGUUUGCCAGGAUGUGACAAGAUCCAGUACCCGUCGGAAAUGGUGACGAGUGCGAUGAGUCGGAACUACUCCUAUAACGCGCUGUCGUUCUUUAAGGAUAUCAAGCUCCGGAACCACAGUCUGGUGCACAUCUACUUUGCGGAUCUGACGGCAACGCACUUCCGGAUGGACAUUUAUCAGGACUCGCUGGGCGUUUUAGCAUCGUUUGGUGGUAUUUUGGGGCUGUUUCUGGGAUUCAGCAUUAUAACCGGUUUUGAAAUGGUGUACUUCUUCACGAUUCGACUGCUGUUCGAUGCGUGCACUCGACGUAGCAAACGUUCUGGUUGA